AUGGCACAACUAGUUGAUAUUUUGUAUCUAUUAUCGGGGAUUUAUUCAUUAAUAUUAAUUAUUAUUGGCACACCAGCGAACCUUCUAUGCUUCUAUAUCUUCUCGCGUUUAAUGCCUAACCGAGAUAAUUCCACUAUCAUUAUGUUCUCUUAUAUGUCUAUUAUUGAAGUUAUCAUCCCGUUUACGUGGAAUAUGAAUUAUGUUAUAAGAGAAAUACUUUGGCGUUUUCUAUCACCAGAAUCAUUUCGUAAUCAUCGUAAUUUAGAACAAACGAGUAUUAUCGUUUGUAAAACUAUAUCAUAUUUUGCCUAUUUUUCCCUGCAAUGUGCAGCAUGGUUAAGAACUGUAGCUACAUUUACUCGAUGUGUAUCAUUGCAUCAUCAAUGUAAACUGAGAGGAAAAUUAAAUCGUGCUGAAACAGCUAAACGAUUAUCUUUGACAAUUAUUAUUUUUAUACUAUUUAUCAACAUUCCAGUAUUUGUUAUUAAUGGAAAACGAUACCCAUUAAACAAUAAUUCGUCGACCAAUACUAAUGGUACCAGUGAAGUGAAAUGUUAUUCAUCAAAGUUUUUUUCUAUAUAUGAAAUUGUUCAUUUAAUGUUGUACAAUUUUCUACCAUUUAUGAUCAUGAUUAUUUGUAAUAUAUUUAUUAUUCGUAAAGUUCGUGAAUCAAAUAAUCGUUUAAGCUUUUCGAAAAGACGUCGUGCAUCAAAACGUUCAUCAAAUCAAGAACGUCUAACAAAAACGUUAAUAUUUGUUACCAUUUUAUUCAUCCUUUUUACUACACCAUCGGCACUCUUCUAUAUAUUGGUUCGCCAUAAAAUUAAUUAUAGAAAUUUAGUAACAAUGUCAUUGAGUAAUCUAGCAACGACCACUCAUGUUUUAUCAUUUUUAAUCUAUUCUGUUACGUCAACUGAUUUUAGAGAAGCACUAGUGGGUAUUAUUCAGAGAAAAAACAGUGUUAUCAGGCUGUCAUCAGAACGACGAAGUAUGAUCGAUGUACCAGAAAGUGACAUUAAACAACGUACACCCUCAAAAUCAUUGAAGAAAACAGAAGAGCUUUAA